AUUUCCUGAGAGGCUGAGAAAAUAAUUUUGCCACAUGGCAGUUUAAAUCAACCAUUGGUGUAGUUUGGUUUAACAAUUUGGCAAUGUUUAGGCCAAGCAAAUGCCCAAUGCAUCUUCUUGUGAGCCACUUGCUCACUCCCAGGCUAAUUGCAGGAACUCCUGCAAGAUGUUGUCUGCAUUCAUUGGCAAUUAGAGGCUCCAAGAUGGUCUUGAAGCCUCUCUUGCAGUUAAACCAACCAUCUGUGACCAAUAACACUAUACGCUGCCUCGCUUCAGUGAAGUUGUCCCAGCAUUUGGAAUACUUCUCAGCAUCUUCUGAACUUACAAUGCCUGCUCAAGGAUCAAUGUGUGUCAGUGGAGCUAGUGAUGGGGCUCGUCCUCUAGUGCUGCUGAUGGUAUGGCUAAUGAGCAAAGAUGUCCACAUUCAAAAGUAUGUGAAAUUUUACAACAGCCUCGGUGUAGAUGUUCUCAAAGUGCGCAUCUCACCACUUGAGACUCUGAAUCCUACUAAAGGAUCUCAGCUUGUGGCUGGCAAGUUCUUGGAAUUUCUUCAUAAGAACCCUUCCCAGACUCCCAUUGUUGUGCAUGGAUUCAGUGUUGGCUGCUACCUCUUCUGUGAAGGCUUGGUUCAGAUUGACCGCAACUUUACACAGCAUGGCCACUUGCUUGACCGUUUUGUGGGUCAGAUCUGGGACAGUGGUGUUGACAUCUAUGCCAUUCCUGAUGGCCUAUCAAAAAUUGCCAGAAGUAAAGCCUCCCAAAAACUCAUCAAACACUAUGUGGAAUGGUAUCUCAGGUUUCGGUAUGAUUCAGCAACGGUCCACUACGAGAGGGCGAGUAAAAUGCUCAAUGAAGCUUACCUGAAAAAGCCUGGGCUUUUCUUGUUCUCCGAUAACGAUUCAAUUUCUACACCUGACAUGAACGCCUUUGUUUUGAAUAACUGGACAAAAAUGGGCAUACCCGUUUACUCGAAAUGCUUCACGGGAUCUCCUCACGUCGGUCAUUUCUUCCGUCACCCUUCAGCCUACAAAGAAGAAGUCACUAACUUCCUCCACACCGUCGGCUUCUUGCGGCUGCACGAGAAGCAUGAAGCCACUGCCUAGUUCUUCUUCCCAGGCUUCAAUUGUUUUCAGUGCACCGAGUCUUGUUCAUUGCUUCAUUGUUUGUGGUAUCUAUUCUGACACGAUCUAUUCUUCUGGUGCCCACGCGAGAUAUUUUUAUCCGUCUGACAGGGGUUCCGAAAUAUGUGUUAAUUACUGCACAAUCUCAAUAGAGAGAAUUAAGCUUUUACUAUAGUUAUCUUUUGUGUCUAUAUUAACUUUAUUUAUUGUCUUGUCUAUCUGUUUUGUGAGUAUUGCUAUUAUUUAUUUCACAAAUGACUAGUAUUAAUGCCAAUAUCGUGGUGCUGCUUUACGAACGUUAUUGUGUUCCGAAAUAGCCAUAAACAUUCAAAUGUCUUCUACGAUCAACGUGUAGUUAUUCUAUGAAAUUUUAAAAAUCAGACUUGUAUGUUGCAAAAUAUUUAACCUCUACGUUACUAGUUCAGCCACUAGUUCUAAUUUUUGUUUCUGAGUGAAGGUAGGUGCAUCUCGCAGACGAAUUAUUUGUAUUUUUUCGAAAUAACUCUCCUCCAUUUGUUGCUUUUGUCAACGUCAGAAAUCAACUUAUUGAAUUUAAUUCAUAAUUUGAGUCAUAUUAUUUCGCAGAAACGCGUUUGCGUCGUACGUGAAAAUGGAUCUGAUCGUAUGAAUGACUGCUGCUUCAUUGGUGCUCAUAGAUGAAACAUUGACAUGUGCAGAGCUACAGCGUAGCGUUGCAAACCUCAGUAUCGCAGAGUCCUCCUCCUCCACUUCAUCUUGUAGUUUUUCAUUAUUUGCCAGUACAUUACUUCAGUGUUACUUGGGCAUAUCACUACUUUUCUGUAGUAAUCCUUUGGCAGGAUACUAGGUACUCAUUCGAGUCACAAUAUUGGACUCCAGCGUGAAGCAACAUUACAUCAGCAUCGUAUUUAAUACAAGCUUAUCGUUGUUUAGGCCUCAAAUAUUCUAAGUUUUGAUUUAAUGCAAUGCACGCUGCGCAAUCAUAGUGAUAUAUAACACUAUUAUAGUCUUCCCAUGAUAUUCAAAGGAAUGCGGGUUCAUUUACGGCUUCAGAUGGAAUUACGGCCCGUAUUUUGAGACCGGGUUUCAGGUAUGAUUGUUCAAUGCCCUUGGUAAUUACCGGGGUUUCAAAAAUUUUAUGAAUCUCAAAGUUGACAGUUCACUUGCUGUAAGCUUUGUCAUGUAUCAGCUUUUUCGCAAUGCGCAUAAAUUGAUGCUACUUCUCUGACGUUUUAUUUACGAAACUGUGCUUGUUUAUAGACUCCCUUGGACUCACGAAUGACUGAACGUUACCGAUUACUUACUUAUGUUUUCAUCAAUAUUAUUAUAUAAUGACUAGGAUUCUUGAGCAUCUACACCUUUUCAUUAUCUUCAAACAUUGAAAUCCUUUAUCUUGAAUUAUUACCAUUGCUCGAUACAUGCACUGUGAACUUCGUGCAUGUACGAACGUACAUGCACGAAGUUUAUGUCUCAACGCCAACUUAAUGAUCGUGACGAAGUGUAUAACAAUGUUUUUUUGCAUUGGUUACAAUCGUUUGUUGAAACCGAUUUUAAUUAUUUAUUAAAAUGUAUUUUAAUGAUUUAUUACAAUGGAUAACAAUUGUUUAUUACAGCGAAUUGCAAUGAUUUACUUUUAUGUAUAUUUAGUGAUGUAAAAUGGUAACGUUUAACCGUCACCAUACUUUCAUUUCACUGCCAUGCCACGCUACGUCUACACGAGUGAAGUGGAAACCUUUACAUUUCUCAAUGAUGACCUCAAGUUUCCUGUUUUUAAAGGUUGCUUAACCUUAGUUUCACAACGGUGUUAACAUUUACUUCAGUAUAUAGCCAUAUUAUAUAGUAUAUAGUUGAGGUUAGUGCCAUUUAUGGUUGUGCAAUCUUGUUAUCUUGUUGAAAUCAACAUUAAAUAUUCAAGUACAAA